AUGACAAAGCUCUCCGCUCUUCUCAUCUCCGCCAUCUUAGCUUCAGGCGUAUUGGCAGCACCUCUCGCUCCGAACAGUGAGUAUCCCAUCUUCAAACGAACAGAUGAGAUCCUCGCGGUACUGACAACGACGGCCGUCAUAGUGCCCAUCAAGGCGCGAAGUGAUCUCGAUUGGCUUAACAUGGAGACGAAGCGCGAGGCCGACCCUGCCAUUCAAUAUGUUGGCAGCAAACGCGAAGCCGAACCCGCAAUUCAGUAUGUUGGUAGCAAGCGAGAAGCUGGAGCUGAGCCUGCCAUUCAGUACGUUGGAAGCAAACGCGAAGCUGUCGCCGAACCUGCAAUCCAAUACGUUGGAAGUAAGCGUGAAGCAGCAGCUGAACCUGCUAUCCAAUAUGUUGGUAGCAAACGCGAGGCCGAAGCCGAGCCAGCGAUUCAGUACGUUGGUAGCAAACGAGCUAUCCAGUACGUUGGUAGCAAGUGA